GAAGAAGAAAAGCAGAAAAAGAAGAAGAAGGAAGCGUUUACUUCCGUGUAAAAUUUAUGAAUGACUCUAACUUCCCUGAGAACAUUGCGAACUAGUGCCAACUGCUUCUCGGUGGAGUUUUUUUUAUCUGACAACCUCUGCUACCGCCAAGUUAGCGCUAAUGGAUUACACGGCAACUCAAAGUGGGUUCAGACAGCGUAAGUUACAGCCUAAUAUGCGUCUGAGGAACAGUUCCCUGGAUGGUUCAGAUGGCAGCCAGCUGUUUGAGGAUACAAGUGGAGCUGGGUCUGGAUCACAGUCAGGCUACAGGAACCAGCAGGGUGGGCCUCAAGCAGCAGGCUUUCCUGGCCAGUCCCUCCUGACAGACCCCAUGUCUAACUUGGCCAUGGCGUAUGGCAGCUCGUUGGCAUCCCAAGGGAGGGAAAUGGUGGACAAGAAUCUGGACAGGUUCAUCCCUAUUUCUAAGCUUAAAUACUACUUUGCUGUGGACACAGUUUACGUGGGGAAGAAGCUGGGCCUUCUAGUUUUCCCUUACAUGCACCAGAACUGGGAGGUGAGCUACCAGCAGGACACUCCUGUGGCUCCACGCUUUGAUGUGAACGCUCCUGAUCUUUACAUUCCUACCAUGGGCUUCAUCACAUAUGUCCUUGUGGCUGGACUGGCCCUCGGUACACAGAACAGGUUUUCCCCAGAGCUGCUGGGAGUUCAGGCCAGCUCAGCAUUGGUGUGGUUAAUAAUGGAGGUCCUGGCAGUCCUGCUGUCACUCUACCUUGUGACCGUAAACACCGACCUCACGACCAUAGACCUGCUGGCCUUUUCUGGCUACAAAUAUGUAGGGAUGAUUGUGGGUGUAGUAGCAGGCCUGAUGUUUGGGAAACCAGCAUAUUAUCUCUCUCUACUGUGGUGCUGUGCUGCCAUCUUUGUCUUUAUGAUCCGCACUCUGCGUCUGAAGCUGCUAUCUGAGGCGGCGGCGGAAGGGAGGCUGGUGAGAGGAGCCAGAAAUCAGCUGAGGAUGUACCUCACCAUGUCUAUAGCAGCGGCACAGCCCAUCUUCAUGUACUGGCUCACCUAUCACCUCAUCAGAUAAAACUCCAAACACACAUACUCGUGAACUUGGCUAUCCGAAUGCUAUCUCACCCUUAAAAAAAAAAAAAAAAAGAAAAAAGAAAAAGAAAACACUCAACAAACACAUCAAAGGACCUGGACUUGGAUGAAGCACACAACAACAGUUGUCUGGAUAUCCCAUCACUUCCCAGACAGACAGAACUACACAUUCACAAGACUCAGUCCAUGUAUGCAUGGACCAAAACAACACAUGCUACAAGACGACUAACAGAAGACGUGAGGCUUUAACGUCUUCUCUCCCACAGCACAGCCCUGUGUCAUUAGUAUUGCUUUUUUUUUCUUUGUCUUUUUCAACGUAAUGUCUUCAAAGAAUUUGUAGCAUGAGCAACUGGCUUUAAGUCGUUUUUCUAUACAGUGUAAUUAUUUGUUAAUUAUGUUUUUUAGGAAUAUUUAAGUAUGUAUGUAUGUUUGUGUAUAGCAGAAGUAUAAUUGCUGGUCUGAUAUCUCACAUGAGAUUUUUCUGAGCCGUCAGAAGGAAAAGCACACUAACCUCACACAAACCGUCCAUUUAAUGUAAACAAAGAGCUCAAAUCCAGGUUUCUCAAGUGAUCAAGUGGCUCUGCUUUGAUGUUUUUGACUGGAAUGACUUCUUUUGUGGUCUGGGAAAGGUCCCAUGCUAUUGUGUCAAUGUUGGAUCCGAAAACAAGGAUCAUCCUAUUGGUCUGUAAGUGAGGGAGUAGUGUCACCUCCAUUUUAUGUUUCAUCUUUUUGUAUGAGCUUUGCUGCCUGAACACUCUUGGAUAGAAAUAUCAAAAGCUACAGUGACAUUAAGGUGUAGACUUCACGAUGAGACAAUUUUGAUAUCCUUUUAAAAAAACAAGUAAAUUAUUUACUGCUUUUCAUAUUGAAAGUCAUAUGAAAUAAAGAAAGGGAAGAGAUGAGAUGGUCUGUUCUGUGAAAAUUGUUUUAGCCUCCUUGAGAUACUUGAAAUAUUUUUUAAUGCGCUUUGUGCUUUCAUGUGCUUGUGAAUCAUCUAGUGUCACCAUGAAACGUGCUGUCUGUGCUUUUAUGUCGCCUAUGUUCACUCAAACCAAGGUAGGAUUCACAUUCAUUUAAAUUAAUUCAGGAAAGUAUUCAAAAUUCAUGAUAUUUUUUUGUCAUUCUUCUCAAAUGAAACGUAUGAUUUUUGAUGAACACUAAAAUGCUUAUCUCAGUUUACUGAUGUGCCAAUAAAAAAUAAAAAAAAUUCCAAAUGUU